AUGGGUGGUCCAAAUCUUGAAGUUUUCAAAUUCGGUCUGUACUUGUUUGUGCCCGUCAUGGCCUUGCUGCAUUUCGGUGAUCCUGCUUGGUACCAUAACCACGUCCUUCCAUAUAAGGACCAUCUAUUCCCGGCUCCGGAUAGGACAUACAGCAAAAUACCAACAGAUCAAACCGCCAUCCGAGAAGAGCUUGCAAGGAUAAAAGCGGAUAAACUUGCACGACGAAUGGAGCGUGAUAAAGAGACACAGUCAGAGGCAGCUGCACAGAGUUCAAAAGGGUGGUUCAAAUGGUGGUAG